ACUGCGUUACCGACCGAAAUGAGAUAAAUACAACCGUAUUUAGCGUUCCGUUUCCAGCCAGUUUUAUAUCACUUUAGCUCUUCAAGUGCUGCACUACCUAUCUCAUAAAUAAUGAUGAAGCUACUCGUUGCCUUGGCUGGUUUGCUGGCCCUUUGUGGAGCUCAGACGACUAACUAUCCGUACAGCGCUUAUUUGGACACGGAUGGCUAUUUCUUGAUGAAAUGGGACAUUCGCGCUACCCAGGGAGAUAUCGAAAUGCAAUUUGUGGUGAACACCACCGGAUGGUUGAGCUUGCUGAUUGCUUCCGAAGACGGAUCCUACGCUGACGUCAUCUUUGGUGGAUUUAACGAAGCAACAACCUACGGUUACUACACCGAUAUGCAUUUCAAUUUAACUGCUAAACCUAGCCAUUCAACGCCCGAAAGGGAUGCCAGUAACGAUUUGAUUUACCAGAGCGCAACAUACGCCGCACCUUACACCACGUUGACCGUUAAACGUUCAAUCUACACCGGUGAUAAGGAUGACGUAGCUAUUCGUCCCGGACCACUACUUCUCGGCUGGUCGUUUAGCGACAAGGACACUUCCACUGCCGUCCAUACAAAUGCCGGAUUCGCUACACUGGCCAUCAUUCCCGCCUAAAUAGGUCUAAAUAAGACUAUUCAAAUUCAUUCAAAUCAACCAUCUUUCACUCACUCUCUUCAUACUUCAACCAAAUUCUUUGACUUUAUUGGGAAACGAAUAAACUACUUAAGAAUU